GCGUGCGGGAGCGGUGCGGGACCCUCGCGGCGAGCGAGCGCAGGCAGGCGGGGCAGACAGCGAGCGCCGAGCCGAGGCCGCCGGGGCGGGGGCGCGCGCGGAGCGGAGCGCAGCGCAGCGACCAGCGCAGCGCAGCCUGGCCUCGAGGGCGUGCGCGGGCGUGCGCGGGCGUGCACGGGCGGGCGAGCGCGCGGGCGUGCGCGGCGGAAGGGCGUGCCGGCCUGGGGCAGGCCAGGGCAGGGCCCCUUCGGGCGGGCCCACGGGCGGGACCCCACGGGCGGGACCCCACGGACGGGCCGCGCCGUGCAGACACCAUGGCCGAGGAGGAUACCAGCGGGCCAGAAAUAGCGGGCCGCAGCCGCGGCGGAGGCUGCACCUCGCCGUUACCUGCCGCGUAGUCGCGCUGCGUGCGCUGUGACACGUGCGAGUGGUCCGUGCCGGGGCCGGGCGUGCUCCCGAGCAGCGUGCGUGCGUGCGUGCGAGCGGGCGUGAGGGCGGGCGCGGAUGAGUGUGCAGUGCGGUGUGCGGGCCGGGCGCGGCAGCAUGUGAGUGGUGCGCGCGAGGUGCACGAGUGGAGGAUGGGUCCAGGACGCCGCCCAGGACCGCCUGGUCCCCGCGGACCCCCCGGAGGCGCCGGCCCCGGACGCCGGCGAGCAGGCUGCCGCAGUCCCGGAGGCCGGGAGCAGAGCGAGGACAGCCGCGCGCAGGGUAGCCUAUAGCAUCGAGCAUGGCCUCGGUCGCCGCGUGGCUCCCGUUCGCCCGCGCGGCUGCCAUAGGAUGGGUGCCCAUCGCCACGCACCCCCUGCCGCCGCCGCCCAUCCCCAAGGACCGGCGGAAAGCGGACGACGAGAAGCUCCUGAUCAACGUGUCGGGCAGGCGCUUCGAGACAUGGCGCAACACGCUGGAGAAGUACCCGGACACGCUGCUGGGCUCCAACGAGCGCGAGUUCUUCUACGACGAGGAGUGCAAGGAGUACUUCUUCGACCGGGACCCGGACAUCUUCCGACACAUCCUCAACUACUACCGCACGGGCAAGCUCCACUACCCGAAGCACGAGUGCUUGACGAGCUACGACGAGGAGCUGGCCUUCUUCGGCAUCCUGCCGGACGUGAUCGGCGACUGCUGCUACGAGGACUACCGAGACCGGAAGCGCGAGAAUGCGGAGCGGCUCAUGGACGACAAGCUGUCGGAGAACGGCGACCAGAACCUGCCGCAGCUCACCAACAUCCGGCAGAAGAUGUGGAGAGCCUUCGAGAACCCCCACACCUCGACGGCGGCCCUCGUGUUCUACUACGUGACGGGCUUCUUCAUCGCGGUGUCCGUCAUGGCCAACGUGGUGGAGACGGUGCCGUGCGGCCACCGGCCCGGCCGCGCGGGCACGCUGCCGUGCGGCGAGCGCUACAAGAUCGUCUUCUUCUGCCUGGACACGGCCUGCGUCAUGAUCUUCACGGCCGAGUACCUGCUGCGGCUGUUCGCGGCGCCGGACCGCUGCAAGUUCGUGCGCUCCGUCAUGUCCAUCAUCGACGUGGUGGCCAUCCUGCCGUACUACAUCGGGCUCGGCAUCACGGACAACGAUGACGUGUCCGGGGCGUUCGUCACGCUCCGGGUGUUCCGGGUGUUCCGGAUAUUCAAGUUCUCCCGGCACUCGCAGGGCCUGCGGAUCCUCGGGUACACCCUCAAGUCGUGCGCGUCCGAGCUGGGCUUCCUUGUCUUCUCGCUCGCCAUGGCCAUCAUCAUCUUCGCCACCGUCAUGUUCUACGCCGAGAAGAACGUCGACGGCACCAACUUCACUUCCAUUCCCGCCGCCUUCUGGUACACCAUCGUCACCAUGACAACGCUUGGUUACGGUGACAUGGUCCCGGAGACGAUAGCCGGCAAGAUUGUGGGAGGCGUCUGCUCUCUGUCCGGAGUGCUCGUGAUCGCCCUGCCUGUCCCCGUCAUCGUGUCCAACUUCUCGAGGAUCUACCAUCAGAACCAGAGGGCGGACAAGAGGAAAGCGCAACGGAAAGCGCGGUUGGCGCGCAUACGCAUCGCCAAGGCGUCCUCGGGGGCGGCCUUCGUGUCCAAGAAGAAGGCGGCCGAGGCCAGGAUGGCCGCGGCGGAGAGCGGCCUCGACACGGACGAGCUCUACAGGGAGGAGGACAUCUUCGAGCUACAGCACCACCAUCUGCUGCGGUGUCUGGAGAAGACCACGGACCGAGAGUUCGUGGAAAUCGAGAACCCGUACAACGGGCAACCCAAGCGGCCGGGGUCGCCGUCGCCGCUGGCUAGCCCCGUGCACUCGACGUCCUCGCACACGGGGCUGCUCCAAGCGUGUUGCGGCCGCUGCUGCGGUCAGAGGUACCAGAGCAUACCAUUCCUCGCCACCAGCCCGGGCAAGGACCGCGUCGUCCUGGUCUACAGCGACAAGAUAGAAGUUAGAGCUAAGCACCCCGCCAUCGAGCCGGCGCACGAGGAGGAGCUGACGGACUCGGCGCUGCGGCUGCAGACGGCGCGCUCGCCGCUCGAGGCGCCCGUCUCGUCGCGCGCCUCCCUCAACGCGCUCAUGCCGCAGCCCAACGUGAACGCGUCCACGUCGGUCGUCGUCAACCUGCCGUCGACGGCGUCCGAGCUGGAGCAGCAGCCGGCGCCGUCGGCGGGCACCUCAGCCGACCCGCAGCACCAAGUGCGCAUCUCGUCCUUAUGAGGCGAGGGCGGGCACGAGCACCAGGAGGAGGGGCCCGCGGGCGGCCAGGACGCCGUCGACGGGUCGCCGUGGGGGACGCCGCAGCCGGUGCGCACGGUGCGCUGCCGGAUGGUGGCGGGCUCGU